CAAGGAUAGGGAACAGACGAAGUCGUAGUUUAGAGGAGCCAACUUAUCAGUGAACUAAAUGGAUAUUAUAUAGUAAUUACUCACGGAGAUUUAAGCCCCAAAUCAAGUUUUCGAUCCUAACUGUGUGCGAGGGACUUGUAAGCAGCGCCUCGCGAAGCGUAGUGGAAUAAGUUACACGCCUCUGCCCUGCCCGGCUCGGCUAGGAGAAUAUUGUGUGUGCGCGCGGAGGAGACAGAGUACCCACACACCAUGUUGGUGCCCAGCGACGGCGUCUCCAGCGGCUCAGGCAAGCUGGUAGCUGCCCUGGAGCAAUUCUACGCCGAGCAAGUGUCCAAGCGGCGUAUGAUCGUCAACAAGCGAGUGGAAGAGGUAGUACAGGUGGCCCAUGACCUCAUGAAACAUGUGGAGGCGCAGGAGCCGCGGUGUCUCUCCACGCUAACCCAGGCCGGCGGCCGCUGGGAGGGCCUCCACAUCCUCUCCCCCAACGAGUACCAAGUCACCAUCUACCUCAACCAAAUGGGCGAGUUCAACCUCGUUGACGACGGCACGGUGCCAGGGAGUGCCGUCUUGAAGCUUAGCGACGGUCGCAAGCGUUCCAUGUCGCUGUGGGUGGAGUUCAUCACGGCGUCGGGUUACCUCUCCUCCCGCAAAAUGCGCGCACGGUUUCAGACGCUGGUGGCUCAGGCGGUCGAGAAAUCCCAGUACCGUGACCAGCUACGGAUGGUCGGCGGCACUUCUGAAGUACGUGUCAGGAUCCGUGACACUUACACCCUUGACCUCACUCUGGCUUUCAAGUGCUACGGUAUUUGGCCGAGAUCGGCCGCCCACUGGCCGGAACUCUCCCUGCCUUGGCCUGGGGUCGAGCUGGCGGCCGAGGUCAAGAUGUCAGGGUUCACCCUCGUGUCACGUGACUGUUCCCACUUGGCGAGAGACAAGGACAAGGAGAAGCAGGACGCGGCCAUUACAGCAGAAGGUGACACCUGGGUGAUGGUGUUCAUGGAGGCUGAGGACAGACUCCUGACGCAGGGAUGCCGCAAGAAGUGUCUCUCAAUCCUCAAGACUCUACGAGACAGGCACCUCGACCUGCCCGGUAAUCCAGUGAGCUCGUAUGUACUCAAGACACUGGUACUCUACGAGUGCGAGAAGCACCCGCACGAGUGGGAAUGGGACACCAUCAGCUUAGGAGACCGUAUUAACGGUAUCCUUCUGCAGCUUAUAUCAUGUUUGCUGUGCCGCAGGUGUCCCCACUACUUCCUGCCGCAGGUGGACCUCUUCCGCGGCUCUCCUCGCCAGAGCCUCACCCAGGGCGCCUCACAGACCUGGCGCCUCACCCGUGACCUCCUCACCAGAACGGAAUAUCUACAACAGUGCUAA